AAUAUUUCACGGAGUCGAUUAGCCAAAAUCAAAUUACCUGUAAACAUCAGGCACAAUAUCGCGCGUAUUGUUGCGAACGAAUAGUAUUGUGACAUUAGAAGUGUAACGGGAAAGAGUCGAGUGACACUUGAUGAUCUGUACGACCGUUAUUAGCCGUCCAGAUCUUGUUGAAGGAAACGGAGAGCGGCCAGAGAGCUACCGUUCGCGAAUUGCGGUUUACCAACCAACACGUUACGGUGCUUGGCGUUAAUCCUCUGCAUCAUUGCACAAUCAAAAAGCAAGAAAUUAUCAAUUACAGAUAACCCAAGAUGACGUGGAUGGAGCAGAAAUUGACGAUAUUCUUUGUCGUAUUUUCAGCAGCAUUCUGCAAUUAUGCAAUUGCUGGAGGUAACGAAGGAGAACCUGGAAGAGUCGUGUGUUACUUCAGUAACUGGGCGAUAUAUCGUCCAGGAAUAGGAAGGUACACGAUAGAUGAUGUGCCAGCGGACUUGUGCACCCAUUUGAUUUACUCUUUCGUCGGUGUGAGCAACGUGACCUGGGAAGUGCUGGUGAUCGAUCCAGACCUGGACAUUGAGCAGGAUGGCUUCAAGAACUUUACGAACCUGAAGAACAAGUUUCCGGGAUUGAAAACUGAGCUAGCUGUCGGCGGGUGGGCCGAAGGUGGACGAAAAUACAGCAACAUGGCUGCCAUACCUGAACGGAGAAGAUCAUUCAUCAGCAGUGUUGUAGAAUUUAUGAACAGAUAUGGCUUCGACGGAUUCGACCUUGACUGGGAAUAUCCCGGGGCCGCCGACCGAGGUGGUAAAUUCUCCGACAAAAAUACGUUCUUCUAUUUUGUCGAGGAGCUGCGACGGGCCUUCGACAGGGAGGGAAAGGGCUGGGAAAUCACCAUGGCAGUACCACUUGCUAAAUUUCGCCUUCAGGAAGGUUAUCACGUUCCCGAGUUAUGCCAACUCGUAGAUGCGAUUCAUGUAAUGGCGUACGAUCUAAGAGGAAAUUGGGCUGGAUUCGCUGACACCCACAGCCCGCUCUAUAAACGUCCCCACGAUCAGUGGGCCUACGAAAAACUGAACGUGAACGACGGCAUGAGGCUGUGGGAGGACAUGGGUUGUCCAGCGGACAAGCUGGUGGUCGGAGUGCCGUUUUACGGACGCAGCUUCACCCUGAGCAACAGUAACAACAACUACAAUUUGGGAACGUAUAUCAACAAGGAGGCCGGUGGAGGAGCGAUGGGCAAUUACACGAGGGCGAAAGGGUUCCUCGCCUAUUACGAGAUUUGCCCGCAUGUACAAGAUCCGAAUUCCGGAUGGACGACCGAGUGGGACGCAGCGGGAAUGGUUCCCUUCGCGUACAAAGGCACCCAGUGGGUCGGAUAUGAGAACGAGAAGAGUAUCCAGAUUAAAAUGGACUUCAUAAAGGAGCGUGGCUACGCCGGUGCAAUGACUUGGGCAAUAGACAUGGACGAUUUUCAUGGUAUUUGCGGGGAUGAAAACGCGCUGGCUCAUAUUCUCCACGACAAUAUGAAGGACUACAUCGUUCCUGCGCCUAAGCGAGAAACGACGCCAAGGCCCGAAUGGGACCGGCCACCAAGCACUCCGGCUUCUCCCGAAGACAACAACCGUCCAUCCAGGCCCAGCACAACGUUCGCGGUCACGUCCACCACCCGAAGGCCGACUCCAGCGUAUAAACCACCCAGUACAACCAGCACGACGAGACAAACCGAGGAAACUACUCGGCCAACGCGACCCUCGUUGACGCCGACGUCCCCGAAACCUGUGAUUAUAAACGAGAUAGACGAUACUUCGAACGAGAUCACAUGCGGAAACGAGGACUUCAUGGCAUCCAAGGACUGCACACUGUAUUAUCGAUGCGUGUAUGGAAAACCUCUGAAAUUCCAGUGUCGUGAGGGGACCGUUUACCAUGCAGAAAGGUCAAUUUGUGACUGGCCGAAGAACGCGGAUCGCCCAGAAUGCCGGAACAUAUGAAUUUUGCAAUUUCUGUUGUAACUGAUUUCUUGGAUUUAGAUAUUUUUUAACAAUGUUCUGCACGUUCACCUUUA